AUGUUGUUAGCAAUGCGCCGUGAAAGUGAUCAUCAUCCCCAAAAUCCUUUGCAGUCACCAUCUCCUGUGUCAUUAAACACAGGAGAUGUGACAAUAAAUCCACAUCAUCAGCAACAACUUCAACAACAACAACAACAACAGCAACAACAGCAGCAGGAGCAUCAUCAUCAGCAACAACAACUACAAUUACUGCGUAAUAUCGUAUCUGGUGUUUCGAUUCCAUCAACAACAUCUUUUCACCAUCAAGAAAGUUUAAUAAACCACCAAUUAACCAGUCAAUUAUCUCAUCAUUCCUCCGCCCAUACACAAUUUGGUGCUGGUACUAGUUUAUAUACAUUAUUUUCAACUGCUGCUUCAACAUCAACUGUACCGUCAACACAAAGUAGUUUAUCAGCUUUUACAACAACUACAACUUCAACGUUAACUCGUCCAACAGUUAGUGCGACCGCUUUAUCAUCAAUAUCAGAUGAAUAUGUCGAUAUAUUUCAAGUUCAACAACAUUUACUUGAAUCCACAAAUAUAUCAACUUCAACAUCAACAUCAGCAACAAAUACUACUUGCUCAAAUGUAGCAAGUACAUCAACAACGAGCACGACAAUAUCAAUAGGUCAAAGUACAUCAACAUCUUCAGUACUAAAAAAUAGACCGCGUGUUAAUGUUCAAAAAGCAUCUGAAUAUGCUGCACAAGUUCAAGCAGUCACCAAUGAUUCUCCAUCACGUCGAGUAUUACUUGAUUAUCCCAGCCCUUAUUUGUAUGGCAAUCAUUACCAUACUUCACCCAGUGAAGAUUUAUUAUUUUGGAUUGGUAGCAAUGGCACAGUUAUUAUCGCAACUUAA